CUCGCUCUGCCAGUGGCCACGCCCACUCGCACAUCAAUAAUCGCCGUGUCGGUUUACUAGAAUGGAAAAAUCGGUGCUGUGUCACUAAACACCGGGAGACCGGGGUGCCGUUAAUGUAACCGUCUUUGCGGCUCGGCAGUACUCUGACGACACUUUUGCCGCUGUCGUUGGUAUAAAGAAGGAAGAGCCACAAGUCGGCACAGGCGGAGACGACCUGAGCUGUGGGCGUGUCUGCGAUGGCUGGCGGACGGAGAGGAGCGAACCGAACCACGUACUGCAGACCUCCGAUAAGCAGUGAACCAGGAUCAGUCAGCAAUGGCAACCACUCCACCAGCUCCCCAGUGACCGGGGUGCGGUCUCGUACCAGGAACAGCUCGGGAAUGUGUAUCUCCAGCCCACCGUUGGCGGCGCAGACGGUGGUUCCUCUGAAACACUGUAAGAUCCCCGAGCUGUCUGCGGAUCAGAACAUCCUUUUUGAGAUCCACUUGCUUUUCUGCCACCUCAUCGCUCUCUUUGUUCACUACAUCAACAUCUACAAGACUGUGUGGUGGUAUCCGCCCUCACACCCCCCCUCGCACACAUCACUGAACUUUCACCUUAUUGAUUAUAACAUGCUGGUGUUCACAGUCAUCAUACUGGCACGAAGAUUAAUUGCAGCAAUUGUUAAAGAGGCAUCUCAGUGUGGAAAACUGUCGUUCCCUCAUUCCAUCCUCUUGGUGACGGCGCUUGCUGUGCUGACACUGACUGGGUGGAGCCUGUGCCGCUCCCUCAUCCACCUCUUCAGGACCUACUCGGUCCUCAGCCUGCUGUUCCUCUGCUACCCAUUCGGGAUGUAUAUUCCAUUCUUUCGGCUGAACUGUGACUUCCGGCAAGCAGGUCUGCUCUCGCCCGUCAGCAGCAUCAGUUCUAAGGAGGUGGGCGGUGUUGGGCGGGGCCGGGACUACCUGACAGUGCUGAAGGAGACUUGGACACAGCACACCAGCCAGCUUUAUGGAGUCCAGGCACUGCCGACUCAUGCCUGCUGCCUGUCCCCAGACCUCAUCCGCAAAGAGGUGGAGUUCCUGAAGAUAGACUUCAACUGGAGGAUGAAGGAGGUGUUGGUCAGCUCCAUGCUCAGCGCCUAUUACGUAGCAUUCGUACCCGUCUGGUUUGUCAAGAGUACACAGUACGUGGACAAAUGCUGGUCCUGUGAGCUCUUCAUCCUGGUGUCCAUCAGCACGUCCGUCCUCCUCAUGAGGCAUUUACUGCCACCUCGGUACUGCGACCUGCUUCACAAAGCUGCAGCUCACCUGGGCUGCUGGCAGAAAGUCGACCCGGCGCUCUGCUCCAAUGUCCUUCAGCACGUAUGGACAGAAGAGUACAUGUGGCCGCAAGGAGUCCUGGUCAAACACAGCAAGAACGUUUACAAGGCCAUGGGUCACUACAACGUGGCGGUGCCGUCCGACGUGUCCCACUAUCGCUUCUACUUCUUCUUCAACAAGCCUUUACGGAUAUUAAACAUCCUGAUCAUCCUGGAAGGCGCCAUGAUCUUCUACCAGCUUUACUCACUCAUCUGCUCGGUGAAAUGGCAUCAGACCAUUUCGCUGGCUUUGAUUCUCUUCAGUAACUACUAUGCCUUCUUCAAGCUCCUCAGAGACAGAAUAGUCCUGGGAAAAGCGUACUCGUACUCCAGCAGCUCGUCAGACCACAAAGUCACUUAGACAGGAAAGGAAAAAAAAAAGCCUGGGAGCGCCGUAUCUUUUUUCUGCAACUACAGUUUGUU